AUGAGAAAACCAACAUCAAUCCAGCUGGUCUUUUUCAUGGCCUCCGUAGCUACGGCCGCCGACCCUACAUGCGCCAUUGACUGCUUCCAAGGCCUCAUCACGAACGGUCCUCCCGCGGGAUGUAAAGAGGCAACGAAUUAUCUCUGCUUCUGCACAAUGCCUACGCUGCAAGACAACUUUGUCCAAUGCGCCGACAAGACUUGCGUCGAUGAGAAGGAUGGGGCUAUGGCUUGGGCAAAUGAGCUUUGCGCAAAACUUGGGAAGCCUAUUGGCCUCGGAGGGUCUGAGGGAUCUCCCAAGACUGAUGAGACUACGACUGUUAAUGUUCCGCCGACCAGCGCCAGUGGCGAGGUGAAGCCGACCACUGAGGCAGGAAAGACGACAGAUGCCGUGCCUACUACUGCUACAGAGGACAAGACAGAAUCCAAGGUUGAGGAGACCUCAAGUGACAAGACUUCCGAGGUGCCUUCCGAGCCCUCAGUUGGUGAAACAACCGCAACCUCGAUCAAGACCACAGUCAGCAAGCCGAAAGAAACCAACGUGUCGGGCGCGUCGGGCAGUGCAGCUGAAGCGACGGCUGAUCAGCCUACCGAUGACUCUGUUGUCACGAUUACGGGAACUGCUGAUACUGCGACUGCAACCCCGUCUCCGACCGACGAUUCCAACCUUGCCAAUUCUGCAGGCCCGAAUUUCUAUGCUGCUGUUGGUGUUGCUGCCGCAUUCUGGCAAUUGCUGUAA